AUGAGCCAGGUCAGAGACAGCGUCCAAGCCGCCCUCGCGCCCAUCCCUAUCGCGCUGACUGUGCUCGCCUUCGUGCUGGGGUACAAGGCGCGCGCGGUGCUCUCGCCCGUGGUCGUCAACGCGCCGUCGGGCAGCCGCGCGGCGUCAUCAAAGUCGAACGGCGGCGGCGGCAAGGGCAAGCGCUCCAACUCGCCAGUGCAGGCCCCCGCGCCGGAGGCGUACUCGGACGGCGCGACCGACUCGGACUCGGACGCCGACGACGAGGCGGCCGCCAACGCCGCCGACCUCAAGGCGGUCCGUCCGGGCGGGGACGAGAUCAAGCUUGUCUUGGUUGUGAACGACAGCCUCAAGAUGACCAAGGGCAAGAUUGGCGCGCAGUGCGGGCAUGCCACGCUCGCGUGUUACGAGACGCUUGCGCGGAGCAACCCCGCGCUCAUCUCAAAGUGGAAGAUGUACGGCCAGCCCAAGAUCGCCCUCCGCUGCGCCAACACGGAAGAGCUCGAGGCGCUCGCGCGCCAGGCACGCGCGCUCAACCUCUGCGCGAGGACGAUCCAGGACGCCGGCCGCACCCAGGUCGCGCCGGGGAGCAAGACUGUGCUCGGCGUCGGACCGGGCCCCGCGCGCUUGAUCAACCAGGUCACGGGCAAGCUCAAGCUUUUGUAGCGAUGCAUAAGUAGAUUGUG